ACAUUCUUUCUCCAUAUCAACAUAUGUACAUCAUCACUGACUUUCACGCAUAUUAAAUCACAACUAUAAUCAUUAUUAUUUAUCACUAUAUAUCAAAAAAAAAAAAACUCAAAAGUCGUUUGUAAAUUCUAUAGCAUGGUCAAACUCUUUCCAAAAGAAAAGAAAUGAAAAAGGAAAUAAUUCAUAGAUGCCAAAACAAAACCUACUACGAGGAAUUGGUUGGGUAAUAGUUUAGAAACUAUUGGCCUAUACUCUCCCAUGAUACGACUGGCAUAUAGACAGAAAUUUAGAGGGGGAUGCGGAACACUUAAGGGGACCCAUUCUUAGUUUUUAUUCACCAACAAACCAACUCAUCUACUCCAUCUCUUUUCUUUCUUCUUCUUUCCUUCCUUCCUUCUUUCUUGAUCUAACCCUAACCCAAACUCUACCAAAAUUCAUAUACACAAAACAAUAACAAAGAAAGAAAAAUACUCAAACUUCUUCAUCUUUCAUUAAUCUUCAUUAUCUCUUCAAUUUACACUUAUAUAUAUCAAUUAUUAGAGAGCAAAUCCAAUUAAUUUGUUGUUUUUUGGGUUUGAAUCUAUUGUUUAUAUAUAUUUAUUCCUUUUUGUUAGCUUGCUUCAAUUUCCAGCUGCAAAAUUAUGGUGUUUUUAUUGAUUCAAUAAACAAAAAAAAAAAAAAAACACCCUCCAAAGUCCAAAGUAGUAUCAAGCUAGCAAGAAGCCAGCAAAAAGGUAUAGAGAAAUAAAAAGCUUACCAAAAAAGUCUUCUACUUGUUGAUAUACACCCGUUGUACUUCCACUAAUCUAAUUCCUUUCUGCUCCAUUUGUUAGCCUUUACAAGUCCACUAUGUUUGCUAAUCACCCAAUUACCAAAUCUUCUUCAGGCUAGCUAUCUAUCUAGUAGCUAUAUACUACCAAUCUUGUUAUUUGAUUUGUAGUUUCAUUAUUAAUCAUUCUAUUCCUAGUUAAGAUUUGGGUUUUUUGUAUCUUGUUUAAUUAAUUUGAUCUAGGAGAAGUUGUGGUUGUUGUUGAUGAAUAUGGAUCCAAUAACAGCAUCAGCACAUGGGCAUCCUCUUCCACCUCCUUUCCAUCUUCACCAUCACCAAUUCCACCAGCUCCAAUCACAAAACAACAACUCUGAAUCUGAUCAUUCCCCUCGCCUCGGCGUAGGGAAACGAGAGCGAGACGAUGACACCACUAGCACUACCGACAACACCAACAACGAGAACCCGGAUUCCAAAGAUGGUGGUGCAGAUCAUCAUAAUAUGUCUAUGAUCACAAGGCGUCCCAGAGGUAGGCCUGCUGGGUCUAAAAACAAGCCUAAGCCCCCUAUUAUUAUUACUAGAGACAGCGCCAACGCACUCAGGACCCAUGUUAUGGAAGUCUCUGAUGGGUGUGAUAUCAUGGAUAGUGUGGCUACCUUUGCACGCCUUCGUCAACGUGGUGUCUGUAUUUUAAGUGGCACAGGUACAGUUGCUAACGUUACUAUACGCCAACCUGGUUCAACCUCCACCGGUAACGGUGGUCCUCCUGCGGUGGUUACUCUUCAUGGAAGGUUCGAGAUCUUAUCUUUGGCCGGAUCUUUUCUCCCACCACCUGCACCUCCUGCUGCAACAGGGCUUAGCAUAUACUUAGCAGGUGGACAAGGCCAAGUUGUGGGAGGUAGUGUUGUGGGACAAUUGCUGGCAUCUGGUCCAGUUGUUAUUAUGGCUGCUUCUUUUAGCAAUGCUGCUUAUGAAAGAUUGCCACUAGAGGAAGAUCAAGAAGGAGGUGGUGCAACCAUGGGCGGAGGGAUGCAAGGUGGUGGUUCGCUUUCGGGAAUGGAACAUCAAGGAAUGCAGCAACCACCUCAACAGCUACUAGGAAAUGAUCCAAAUGGUGGGGGUUCUGCAAUGUUCCAAGGAAUGCCGCCUAAUCUGCUUAACUCCGUUCAAAUGCCAUCUGAGGGAUAUUGGGGCACAGGCCGACCUUCGUUUUAAUAAUAAUAAUAAUAUACUCCCUCCGUUCCAUAAAUAAACUACUGUCUGUAAUUUGAAACAAGCAAGAGAUGUGAUCACAACUAAUUCAGGACGGAGAUAACUGUAACACGACCACCAACAACAACAGCACAAGAGGAUGGAAUGAUGGAUCACAUACACCCAAGAUAAAAAGGUCAGUCAAGUAUUUCGCUUGGAAAGAAUUCUUUGGUGAAUUGAUGGUAGUGCAAGCUAAGUAACUAGCUAGCAAGAGGUGAUCAUUUAGGACUUUUUUUUUUUUUUUUUUACUUUUCAAAUUUUACUUACAUUGUAGGUAGAAGAUGAGUGAUUAUGAUGAGAGAUGUUAAUUAGCAUGGUUUUUGGGAGAGAUUUAGGUUUGGUGCACCAUUACUGCAUUUUUUUUCUCCUUUGUUUUUUUUUUUUUUUUUUUUUUGGUAGUUUGUUGGUCGUGGAAGUUGACAUUUUAUGAUUUUUGUGAGAUUGCAUGAUGCUUUUAUCAUUUCGAUUGAGGAUAUCAUUGUACAUUGUUAUUCAAUGGAGAUUAUUCUUGGUCCAAAAUUCA